UCCCAAGCAAAGCAGCGCUGGCAGCCUGACAGUGAGCAAAAACAACAACAGGCUACACUUUCUUUUUUUGUGUGAUUUUGGCAAAGAAGAGCGUCUGCAUGGAUGGCGACCCCCGCGAUCGCUGUUCCGCGCGUGCGAUGAUCUGAGUCCGGAAGCCAAACAUGCACCCCAGCGUGAUGACCAACGGCGGCGGCGGCGGUGCCAUGAACAGCGGACUCCCAGCUUCAGCUGCUCCGCUCGGGGGUGUCGGGAUACCCAAUGUCAAGGUGAAGUUUUGCCGUUACUACGCGAAAGACAAAACGUGCUUCUAUGGAGAGGAGUGCCAGUUUCUGCAUGAGGAUCCGUCCAUGGCUAGCCUGAGCCCCGUCCCGUUGUCUUUGCCCGGGGGUGGCGGACCUCCAGCGGGGUAUUCCCUCGGCGUUUCCGCGGCCUCCUGCCCCGCCGGCGGAGGAGGAGGAACCGGUAUACCCAAGAAGAGUGAAGCCAUGGGGCCUGCGGGGACCUCUCUGGACGGGUCGUUGCUAGCCAUUCCAGGCAUGGAGGGAGCGAGUCUGAAUGACGCCAACCUCACCAACUCCUACUUCAGCAGCAGCUUCAUUGGGGUGAAUGGAUUUGGAAGUCCCGCAGACUCCAAAUACUCCAUGAUGCAGCGAAUUACUACCAGCAGCAGCUCUCCGAGUCUCCUCAACGACGGUGCCAAGAAUUUCAGCCACAGCAGUCAUGAUCCAGUCAACUCCCCAUCGUCGUCGCUGUUUAGCGAUUUUGGUGCUCUCGGCAUUUCUCAACGGAGGAAGGCGCCCAAUCCGACAGCAAGCGAGUUCAUCCCUAAAGGAGCUCCAAGAAUGGCCACCAUGGCUCCGUCUUCUGUCCAGGCCUUCCCCUCGCCUCUCUUUGCCCACCCGGUCCUCAGCAGCUCCACAGCCGCCGCUUUGGCUCCAGGCAUGUCUUUAUCGGCGGGCUCGUCUCCCCUGCAUUCGCCGAAAAUUACGCCGCACACUUCGCCCGCCCCGCGCCGCCGCAGCCACACCCCGAACCCGGUCAACUACAUGGUGCCCACCACGGCGGCCGACCCGGGCGCUCACAUCAUUCAGAAAGAGACUGUCGGGGGUACCACCUACUUUUAUACGGACAAUACCCCUGUGCCGAUGGCCGGGAUGGUGUUUCCAACCUACCAUAUCUACCCCCCCACUGCGCCCCACGUGGCCUACAUGCAGCCCAAAGCCAACGCCCCGUCCUUCUUCAUGGCCGAUGAACUCCGACAGGAAUUAAUAAACAGACACCUGAUCACCAUGGCUCAGAUCGACCACUCGGAAAACACAGACGUACCGUCCGAGGUGGACAGCUACCAUAGCUUGUUCCCCCUGGAGGCCCUGCCCCCACCCAACCGCAUGCAGAAGACCAGCAACUUCAGCUACAUCACAUCCUGCUACAAAGCGGUCAACAGCAAGGAUGACCUGCCCUACUGCCUGAGGAGGAUACACGGCUUCCGCCUCGUCAACACCAAGUGCAUGAUGCUGGUGGACAUGUGGAAGAAGAUUCAGCACUCCAAUUCGGUCACCCUGAGAGAGGUCUUCACCACAAAGGCCUAUGGAGACCACUCCUUGGUGUUCUCUUAUGACUUCCACGCGGGUGCAGAAACCAUGUUCAGCCGACACUUCAGUGACCCAGCGGCCGACUCGUAUUUCACCAAGCGGAAAUGGGGACAACACGAGCCUCCCCCGCCGCGGCAGCACGCCGGCCUGCUGCCCGAGUCGCUCAUCUGGGCCUACAUUGUCCAGCUCAGCUCGGCCCUGCGCACCAUCCACACGGCGGGCCUGGCGUGCCGCGUCAUGGAGCCCAGCAAGAUCCUCAUCACGGGCAAGACCAGGUUACGUGUUAACUGUGUCGGCGUAUUCGACGUCUUAACGUUCGACAACAGUCAGACCAACCAUCUGGCCCUGAUGCCGCAAUACCAGCAAGCUGACCUGGUGUCGCUGGGCAAAGUAGUACUGGCGCUGGCGUGCAACUCGUUGGCCGGCAUCCAGAGGGAGAACCUGCAGAAGGCCAUGGAGCUGGUGUCCAUCAACUACUCGUCAGACCUCAAGAACCUUAUACUAUAUCUGCUGACUGAACAGUCCCGCCUCCGCAGCGUCAACGACAUCAUGCCGAUGAUCGGAGCCCGAUUUUACACGCAACUGGACGCGUCGCAAAUGCGGAACGACGUCAUCGAGGAGGACCUGGCCAAGGAGGUGCAAAAUGGCCGCCUCUUCCGCCUGCUCGCCAAACUGGGCACCAUCAACGAGAGGCCCGAGUUCCAGAAGGACCCCACGUGGUCGGAAACGGGCGACCGCUACCUUCUCAAGCUUUUCCGGGACCACCUGUUUCACCAGGUGACCGAAGCCGGGACGCCGUGGAUCGACCUCAGCCACAUCGUCUCCUGUCUCAACAAACUGGACGCGGGUGGUCCGGAGAAGAUCAGCCUGGUGUCACGGGACGAGAAAAGCGUGCUAGUGGUAACCUACUCGGACCUGAAGCGCUGCUUCGACAGCACCUUCCAGGAGCUGCAGGCGGCCGCAUCCGGUUCCUUGUAGCGGCGCCCCCACUGGCCUGGCGGGCGCACUACUAUUGCACUACGGCGGGCCAUCCACCGACCGAACGAGCCAGUGGGCGAGCUCGUGGAGACAUUUCAACAUCAGCAUUUUUGCCGGGAAGGCCUCAGUCGCAUACACUGUCCACUGGGAAGGCUUUUGUUUCCCCUCUAAAGUGUAUUUUUUUUAGUGUUUCCUAAAAAAAAAAAAAAAAAAAAAAAAAAAGCCCCCAAGCUGGAAAAAGGAUGAAAAUGACGGACGCUUGGAACGGCGAAUCAUGAAUUAUUCUUUUUUUUUUUUUUAUAUAAAUUUUUGGGGAACAAACUGACGCAAACCACCUGGUUCUUGCUUUUAUCGUUUCUGUCUACCGCUGUGUGUGUGUGUGUGUGUGUGUGUGUGUGGGGGGGGGGGGGGGGGGGGGGGCAUCUUUCUGAGGAGGAUGCACUAAGAUUUUAAUUUUGGCUGGGGUUAUUUUUUUAUGUGUGAAUGAGUGGCCUACAGGGUGUACAGAGAGUCACACACAAAGAUGGAAUUAUUACAUGAAAUCCAGCUUUUUUCCUAUUAGAGACUUUUUAAAUGGGACACCCCCACCCCAACCCCAAGGAAAGGACAAACCACUGGGUUGAGGUGCAGGAGGAUGGUCCGCCUUGCUUCCGGUUGACGGACGCUAUGGUGACGAGCUGUUCGUUUGGUUGUAAGCCCACCCCCAGCACCCUUGUGUUUGGCAGCUGCCUCUUUACGAAAUGUCGCCCAACCCUUUUUUUUUUUUUUACAAAAACACUUUUUGGUGUGUGUUUUUGCCAAAGCGGGAGGGCUAACUUUCUUAUCUGUGGACCAAUGCCAGCGGGGUGACGGGGAACGAGACGAAUGAUGACGGAAAAGGUGGCUAACCAUCCACGCUGCCACCCACCAUCCCCCCUGAUGAUUGAAUGUGAUCGGCCGUCAUUGGUCAGGAUUGUUCACGGCGCUCCUAUGUGCUUCUAUUGCGGUAUUUCAAAAAACACCAAAAACACAAUUCUGAACACUGUUCUUACCCCCCCACACACAAGAAAAAUAAUGACAUCAUAGAUCAGACCCUGAAAGGAAUAAGUGGGCGACUUGGUGGGUGGUGGUGCUGACUGUGUUAGAUAAUGUACUAAACAGACACAUUUGGUGAAUGUGGUGCUUUAGAAUCCCCCAACGCAUGCACACACACACACACACACACACACACCCUCUCACACACUUACACACACUCCACAAACACCAUCUUAGUAUGUUUUUUGCCCCUCUCGUGAUCCAAUGUCUCAAACUUUGCAAUAUUUGUGUGUACAGCAGUAUUUUAAUAAAGAAUACCGAAAGUAA